GGUGUAUCGUGAAUCAUCACGCAAUCUCCCACCAACAUCCCCCGCUUGACCUGAACAGUGCAUGACGAGCAAUUAGAUAUUCCACUGGUUUCCUUAUCUCGGACCGCUUUGACAAGUUUGACAUAAAUAUCGAAACGUUCCUCCAAUUCGUAUGACCGCUUUCAUUCCCACGCUCCCUUCCCUUUCGUCAACAGUCUUCCAGCGUCUCCUCCGAACCGGAGCUAUAAAUAGAGGUCCAUCAGGAGUCCACCAAGCGUUAUCGUCGCUGUUUCUCUCACAAAGAGCAAGGAUGUCAUCUUCAAUGGCAAACCGUCUCAAGGGGAAGACGGUUUUGAUAACGGGGGCCUCAUCGGGUAUCGGUCGGAGCACGGCAUACGAGUUUGCUCGGACGGCGGCGUCGGACCUGAAAUUGAUUCUCACUGCGAGGCGACUUGAGACACUGCAGGAAAUAGCUGCAGACAUUGAGAAGAACAUCGGGAAAGGCGUCAAGGUUUACCCGCUUAAGCUCGAUGUCAGCAACGUCCAGGAGAUCCAGGGCUUCGUGGAGAAGUUGCCUCAGGAAUUCAAGGAGAUCGAUGUCUUGGUGAACAAUGCUGGCUUAGUCAAAGGCGUGGCGAAGGCGCCAGAGAUCAACCCUUUGGACAUCAAUACCAUGAUAUCGACCAAUGUCACAGGAUUGAUCGCGAUGACCCAAGCCGUUCUCCCCAUCUUCCUGAAGCGUCCGAACGGUGGCGCGGGCGAUAUUAUCAACGUGGGCAGCAUCGCCGGCCGAGAACCGUAUCAGGGCGGCAGCAUCUACUGCGCGACGAAGGCCGCUGUGCGGAGCUUUACGGAUUCCCUCCGGAGAGAGAUGAUUUCCACGCGGGUGCGAGUGAUCGAGGUGGAUCCAGGCCAGGUUGAGACAGAAUUCUCGGUGGUUCGAUUCUAUGGGGAUAAAGAAAAGGCCGAUGCCGUUUACGCUGGUUGCGAUCCACUUACCCCGGAUGACAUUGCAGAAGUCAUCGUUUUUACCGCUGGGCGGAGGGAGAACGUCGUGAUUGCAGACACUUUGAUCUUCCCACAACACCAAGCUGGCGCCGGAGGAGCGAUGUAUAAAAAGCCCACGUAAGGAUAGAACUACACUUAGAAUACCCGCUGUUGCACAAGGAGACGCCCGAACCAAGAUGUAAAUAUUCAGUUGCGAAUCGUGCCAUGAUGAUCUCAAUAAUCUACUUCCUCAUCUCUGCUGU